GUCUCAGGUUCGUCCCAGAUGAAAACACAUAAAGGUGUAACCACAGAUAGACAUGAUUACUUCUAAAAGUGGAGGCAGCAUCAGCAGGUACUUUCAGCUAACAAGAUUUCAGUGAACUCAAUGGAAAUCAAGCAGGAUGUCAGUCAGCUGAUAAACUGGAGCAAACAGGACGGAGGUUCAUUUGCAAAUGCUGAUGAACCCGAUGGACAGCACUCAGCCAGUGACUUCAGCAGCGUCCAUAGCAAAGAUCUUCUUCCUGCAGAGAACGGGGAGGAGGUGACCAAGCAUUUCCUGCAGGAGCUGCUCAACAUUCUGCUGGCGUACAUCAGCAAGUCCUCGAACCGCAGCUCCAAAGUGCUGGACUUCCACCAUCCCCACCAGCUGAAGGAAGGUCUAGAGGGCUUCAGCCUGGAGCUCCCGGACCAGCCCGACAACCUGGAGCAGCUGCUAGUAGACUGUCGGGACACCCUGAAAUAUGGAGUCAAGACUGGUCACCCACGCUUCUUUAACCAGCUGUCAACUGGACUGGACGUCAUUGGACUAGCAGGGGAAUGGGUCACAUCAACUGCGAACACAAACAUGUUCACCUAUGAGAUUGCACCAGUAUUCAUCCUCAUGGAAGACGUCAUCCUCAAGAAAAUGCACUCCAUUAUUGGCUGGUCUGAAAAGGAGGGAGAUGGCAUCUUCUGCCCAGGAGGCACAAUGUCUAAUCUUUACAGUGUGUUGCUGGCCAGAUAUCAUUUCUUCCCAAGGGUGAAAACUGCAGGGAUGCAUGCCGUGCCGCCUCUCGCCCUCUUCACCUCUGCACAUAGUCAUUAUUCUAUCAAGAAGUCUGCGGCCGUCCUCGGGAUUGGCUCUGAAAAUGUUAUUUUGGUGAAGUGUGAUGAGAGGGGCAAAAUGAUUCCAAGAGAACUAGAAUCCAGUAUCAGAACAGCAGAGUCCAAGGGUCUGGUUCCAUUCUAUGUAAACACCACUGCAGGGACUACUGUGUACGGAGCCUUUGACCCUCUGAAUGACAUAGCAGACAUCUGUGAGAGAUUUGGCCUGUGGAUGCAUGUGGAUGCAGCUUGGGGAGGCGGCCUGCUCUUGUCUAAGAGGCACCGGCUGAAACUGCAGGGCAUUGAUAGGGCCUCAUCCAUCACCUGGAAUCCCCACAAGAUGAUGGGCGUCCCUUUGCAGUGUUCAGCUAUUCUAGUGCGAAAGAAGGGUCUGCUUCAGGAGUGCAACCAACUGUGUGCCGAGUAUCUUUUCCAGCCUGAUAAACACUAUGAUGUGUCCUAUGACACUGGAGACAAGAGCAUCCAGUGUGGGAGGCAUGUGGACAUCUUCAAGCUGUGGCUCAUGUGGAAAGCUAAGGGCUCAGAAGGUUUCGAAUCACAGGUCAACCACUGCCUGGAAAACGCAGAGUACCUUUACUACAAGCUAAAGAGCAGAAAGGACUUCCAGUUGGUCUUUCAAAGCAAACCAGAACACACUAACGUCUGCUUCUGGUACCUUCCAACCCGUGUGAGGAACAUGCCUCCAGGUCCAGAGAGAGACAGAGAGCUUCACAUGGUGGCUCCAAAAAUCAAGGCGAAAAUGAUGGAGGAAGGAGUGACUAUGAUUGGCUACCAGCCUCUCGGAGACAAAGUGAAUUUCUUCCGCUGUGUGUUCUCCAACCCAGCCACGCAGAAAGAAGACGUGGACUUCCUCCUGGAUGAAAUCGCCCGUCUGGGCCGUGAGCUUUAGAGCUGAAUGAAUAUGGGACUUACUUACUAAACUGCACUUUCUAUAGACUUAAAUGGGCCACCAGUCUCAGUAUAUAUGGGUUGUUUGAAGACAUUUCUGUCGUAGCUCGACGUAGACACUUUCCCUAAGCCUGGAAGCUACACUGUGUUGAUUUGUUCUGUGGCAGAAUUCCUUCUUAGUCUUUAUUGAAAAGGACAGAAUUAAAGUGAUGUUUCGGCCAAAAUUUAAAUAUACACAGUUUUUCCCCUUUUCUCUCAACGUAGUCAGUCAGCCAGGACAUGUUUGGUGUCUGAAAUUUGCUUUUUUAGUUUUGCACUGGAGCUACAAGGCUGAUGUAGCUAUCAAAUAAUAGAAGCUUAUUCACAGAAAUCAUGCUAAGCGACUGCCUAAAUCUUUAUACAUUCACCUCAAACUGCACUGAUUUGUUGAGUAGUCUUUAUUAGACUUGCUUACUGUUGUCUAUAACAUGCACAAAAGUACAUCAUAUAAAAAACAGCACUAGCAGCAAAGUUAAAGCUGAAAUGCCACUUAAAAAAAGGCCAUAUAGUGGAACGGUUCUCAUAAUUAUGACUUAAUAUCUCAUAAUUAUGAAUGAAUAACUUAUAUAUAUGACUUGAUAUCUAAUAAUGAUGAGAAUAUGUCUCUUAAUUACGAUUUAGUAUGUGACAAUAAUGGCUCAGUGUCACAAUGAAAAGGAUUCUCAUAAAUAUAAUUUAAGAUCUCAUAAUAAUGACUUACAAUCUCAUAAUAAUGAGAAAAAUUAUGGGAUGCUAAGUCAUUAUUAUGUGAUACUUAAUCACAAGAUAAUUAAGUCAUAAUUAUGGGAAAAUAAGUUGUAAUUAUAAGAUUGUAUAAGUUAUUAUUAUGAGAUACUGAGUCAUUAUCAGGAUACUAAGGAGACCCCUUGUUUUUAAGUUUUGAACUUUUGGAACUGAGUUAAGAACAUUACUUCAUUAACAGGCUACUAGUGCUGCUCUGUAGGCGACCCUUCCAGUCUGCAGUGACAGCAGAGGAGGGUAAAGUUCUGCAACCUCACUGGGAAAAAUAUGCCUUCAAAGGGGGGCAGUUAUUUAUUAUUAGUUAUUAUCGCCCACCUGUAAUUCUACAGCUGGAGACGGAUAUUCGCCAGCUUCAAAUUUUCCCGUUCCACCUUAAAUGGUGCAGCACUUACAUUCAGGCAUCAGAACUGCUGCAUUUAAGGUGGAAUGGCAAAUUUAGCUAGCUAGCUACCGAGACAUCAGCAAACUACUUGCAAUGUUCUAUGGUUUUUAUGAAGAAAAGGAGCAUAAUACAUUGAAGCCACAUCAAACUAAGAUAAAAUAAUGGUUAUCGUAAUUUUUCAACAGAGAAAAUUCUCAGGUUUGUGGGUUUCGUUGGUCUCUUGCUCAGCCAUCUUGCCAGUUUUCCUUUUUUUUCU